UAGCAUGGCCGCGCUGUAUGAGGGGUUCACGUUGUGCGGGCUUGUCUCGCCAGCGGACUCUGCUGAAGCCGGCGUUCAAGGGAUUGAACCGGCCAAGGACACCGACCAUGUUGUCGUUACCGACUCCGGAAGAUCCGUUACUGUGUACAAGGUCUCCGAUCAGAAGCCACUGGGCAGCUGGACAGUGAAACAGGGGCAAACGCUGACAUGUCCUGCGGUGUAUAACAUCCAAACGGGGGAAUAUGUGGUGGCCACUGAUAACAAGGUCAUCAGAGUGUGGAAAGACGACGAUAUCAAUUUUGACAAAGUGUUUAAAGCAACUGUGUCCGCUGACAUCGCGAGGCUGCUGGCAGUGCCGGACAGUGAGCCGGUGGUGCUGUUUAACCAAGGGGCCGUGAGGCUGCUGGACUCUCUCCUGGCCGCUCCACAGCAGCCCAUAGAGGGCGUCCUGUCGGAGGAGGAAGUCAUCAGAUGGAGCAGCAGCGUUGCUGAGGGGAACCAGCAGGUCGUCAUUUUCACCACAGAACAGAAAGGGAACCACUUCCUGUAUCUGCAAAGAUUCAACCCAAACUCCCUACAGAAGUACAGGCUGGAGAUGGAAAGGAUAGGCGAUGUCCCAAUAAGUUUCUCUGCAACAGUCAGGGAUAAAAACAUAAAUCUCCAAUAUUUAUACUCGAGUGGCUGUGUGUACCAGAGUGUGGUCGCAGUGCGCGGGGCCCCGGUGGAGGGGGAGCAGACCCUGCCGCGUACCCUGCUGCUGAAGCUGCCUGUGGGGGAGGGCGACCUGUCCUCUGCAGCCCUGCUGUCCCUGGACCAGGCCCAUGUGGCGGUGGUGGGUGUCCCCCAUCCAUCAGCCGGUGCCGGAAAAGACUUCCUGUGCAUAUGGAAUACCAAUUUCCAGACUUUACAGGCAAGCAAGGAGAUGACUGGGAAUAUAUAUGGACAGCUAUGGGGUUACUCUGGGAAGCUGUAUGUUCCUCAUGGGAAGUCCCUGACUGUCAUUCCCUACGAGUGUCAGAGGUCCUCGCUGGCUGCAGCCCUGGGGAAGCUCAAGCAAGCCGGGACAGAGGGUUCUCGGUCAGCUGCUCCUGUCCUGUCGUGGAAUAGCCUGCUCCAUGGAGAAGCGGCCCAGCCACAGAGUGUUGCGAGAGGGGUUGAGACGCGGAAGAGCAAAUUAAUUCGGAAGAGCCAAGCAGCCCCUCUCCUCACAUUGGACCAAGUACUGGAGCAAAUAAAGACCGCCCCAGAGGAAGACGUGCAGAGGCAGGUGGAGGAAUACCUCUCCAGAGCCGCUGCUCCUGACCUCCAGCUCUCCGUCAGUCACGUGGCCUCCGAGCUGGUGGCACGCUGCCAGUCAGAAGCCAGCUUCUACGCACAGAGUGCCCUGGUGCAGCUGGUGAACACUCACUGUCUCUGUCACAGUGUGUGUCCUGGCCUUCUGAUGCUUGCGCUGGAGAAGAAGGACUAUUUCCUCACACAGCUGUGUCUGCAGCACUUUCCGGACAUCCCGGAGGCCGUGACCUGCGCCUGCCUCAAGGCCUUUAUCAGCAUUCCGGACAGCGACCUGGAGGCAGUGAGUGUGGAGCUGGACAGCGUAUCUUUCAUGGAGAGCCUGGUGUCAGAGCCCAGCGGGGAAGGGGUCCUGCAGAAUGGCUUCAGCCCUGUGCUGCUGGAGGAGGACAGCUGUGACGUCCAGAUCGCCCCUUCCAAGCAGGAGAAAGUGCCAGGCUGGCUGGCAUACAAGCUGACCUGCCCUGUGGGGCUAAAGAAGGCUGCCCUGCUGAAUGAAAUCCUGCAGACAGCCUACAGUGAGAACUUCCUGCUCCCACACCUUAAGGACCUCUCAGCCCCACAGGUUAUUCUGUUUCUCCAGUACCUUCAGUUCCUAUACUUGAAGUGUUCCCAAGACAUCAGUUCACAGGUGCCUGGUUUAAGAGCACCAACAAUGACACAGAUCAUGGACUGGGUUUGCUUGUUGCUUGAUGCACACUUCACAGUAUUGGUAAUGCUUCCUGAAGCAAAGGAGUUGCUGUCCUAUCUCCACAAGUUUGUGAGAUCACAGGUGAAACUGUUCUCUGAACUGGGGAAAAUCCAAGGGAGCCUUCAAGAGCUCCACAAAGUCAAGCCGACCGAGGACGUCGGCCAGUACUCCAUCGAAGUGAUAGAGUUGUUUUAAAGAAAUAAAUGUACAUGUUUCCUUUUUAAUAAAUUGUGCUGCUGUUCUUUACUCAAAUCCAUUUGACUGACUGCAUUCAUGCCGUGUUUGCACCUAGUACGCCAAGUAAAUCUCUUGGUAUCAAGUGUAUGGGUGGUGUGGUCAGCUUUUUAUUUUUCAAAUAUAUUUCAUUGGAAUUUAAAUGUUCAAGUUGUGGAUAGGCAGCCAUCACUGCCAGUGUUUUCCACUGCACCAUAUUUUCCAUCUGUGCUUUUACCCUCUUUUUUUAACCACAUUGCAUUUUAUUGUGAUU